AUGUAUAUUAUAAAAUUAUAUUUUUUAAUAUUAUUAAUUAAUAAUUAUUAUAAUAUAAUUUUAACACAAGGUAGUUGGUCAAUUGAUACAAAUGUUAUUUCAGAUUUAAAAUCGAGUGAAUUAAAUAAUUUAAGAGCGUGUGCUCAAGAAGGAAGAUAUGGUUCAAAUUGUGAAAAAACAAAACCAGAAGUUUUUCAAUUAGUUCCUGCAAAUCUUGAAGGUGGUGAAGUUAGUUUAGUUGGUUAUUUUUAUGAUAAAAAUGAAUAUAAAAUUACAAUUGAUAAUAUACCAUGUAAUAUUACAUCAUAUGAUAAUUAUUCUAUUAAAUGUAAUAUCGGUGAAUUAAAAGAUUAUGAACCUGUAGAUUUUAAAAUUUAUCAAAAUGGUAUAAUUUGGACAUAUCCAGAAUAUACACCAUUUCCAGAAUGUGAAAAUGGUUAUAUAACAAGUGGUUUUAUAAAAUGUGUUUGUGAUUUUGGAUAUGUUGGUACAAAUUGUGAUAAAGAUAGACCAAUUUCAAUUGAUCAAAUUUUAACUCAACCAGAAGAAAAAGGAGGAUUUUUUAGAGCAAUUGGAUUUUUUGGUAAAUAUCCAAACCCAAUGAAUUUUAUAGUUGGUGAUAAUAAUAAUAAUAGAGCAAAUAUUUCAUUUAUUGAUUCUAGAGAAAUUUUUGGUUUUGUUAAAGGUGAUAUUGGAUGUAAGAAAAUAUCAAUUUAUGAUUCAAUAACUAAUGAAUUAUUAUUUAGUGGUAAUGAUCUAUUAUGUUUUGAUGCAAACAGAUGUAAUAACAUGUAUUAUAAUCAAAGUAAAGAUUUUUAUUGUCUUUGUGAACCAACAUUAAAAGGUUUUCCAAGAUGUUCAGAUUAUUUUCAAAAAAGUGAUAUAGUAAAUCCAAUCGUUAAAAUUUUGGAUGAUUACAAUUUUAAAGAUCCAUAUAAUUUAAAAGAUAUAAUUAUUUUUGAAGAUACUAGAGUAAAUUAUUCAAUAGAAUAUAAAAAUGGUGGUAGUGGUAGUGGUAGUGGUGGUAGUGAAACUACAUUAUCAGAAUUAACAGGUAGAAGAAUAUGUUGGGAAGCAGGUUAUUUUGGUAAAAAUUGUGAAAAAUUUAAACCUGAAGUGUUUCAAUUGAAACCUGCAAAAGUUGAUGGUGGAGAAGUUAGGUUGAUAGGAUACUUUUACAAGAAUCAAAUUUAUAGAAUCACAAUUGAUAAUAAACCAUGUAAUAUAACAUCAAGAAAUAAUUAUACAAUUAGAUGUAAUAUUGGUAAAUUAUUAAAUUAUAAUAAUGAACCUCUUCAAUUUAAAAUUAUUCAAAAUGAAAUAAUUUGGAACUUUUCAGAAUAUAAACCUUUAUCAAAUUGUAAAUUUGGUUAUAUUAGUGGUGGUUUUUAUGAAUGUCAUUGUAAAUAUGGCUACAUUGGUCCAAAUUGUGAUCAAAAAAAACAAAUUACAAUUGAUUCAAUUAAAACUCAACCAGAUUCAAAUGGAGGAUUUUUCAGAGCAGUUGGUUAUUUUGGAAAUGAUCCAAAUUCAUUAAAAUUUUUAAUUGGUAGAAAUAAUUUAAUUAAUGUUACAUAUAUUGAUCAUUUUAAUUUAGUAGGAUUUGUAAAUAGAAAUUCAGGUUGUAAGAAUAUUACUAUUUUUAAUGAAAAUUCAAAUAUUAAAAUAUUUGAAGGUGGUAAUGUUUGUUUUAUAAAAGAUCCUUGUAUUUAUAUUUAUCAUGAUUUAGAUUAUUAUUGCCUAUGUGAACCUGCACCUAAAAAUGAUCCAAAAUGUUCAGAAUAUAAUCCAAAUAAUAAAAUCUAUAGAAAAAAUUUUAAAAAAUUAAAAUAA